CAUCAACGCCCAUUUCGUGGCCAUAUACAGGAAAUGACACCAGAACAUCGCCCCCUUCCCCCAUUAAUCGAUCCGGAUCAUUCAUUUUGUGCGGUGUGCGCGACCGUCGGGUAACGGCUUCUGUGGCAACAUCUAAUGACAACCCAGAUUGAUAAAGAGGCUUGCAGAGAGGCUUACAACAAAGUCAGAGACGACAACACGGACACUAACUGGGCUGUGUUUAAAUAUCAAGGCUCCACGAUCGUACUUGCCGACCAAGGAACUGACUACGAGGAGUUAAAAAAGAUGUGCACAGAUGAUGCACGGCUGUUUUGCUUCCUGCGGAUUAUGACAGGAGACGCAAUGAGCAAACGAGCCAAGUUCACCCUCAUCACUUGGAUCGGGGAGAGUAUUGGUGGGCUCCAGCGUGCCAAGAUCAGCAUAGACAAAGCGCUGGUGAAAGAAAUCGUGCAGAACUUUGCCAAGGAGUUCAUGAUCAGCGAUCCAAAAGAAGUGGAUGAGGACUACCUUCGCACAGAGCUGAAGAAGACGGGCGGCGCCAACUAUGAUGCUCAGGCCGAGUAGAGAAGUGCUACAAUUCAAAUGGAAGAAGGAAUGGUUUUAAAAAUUGCUAUCUCUUUUAGAGAGGAUUCGGGAUUGAAGAUGGCGAACAGCAAUGACAACAGCACCUACACAAAUAACAUACAAAGAACAUAGAAUUUAACUUUUAAAAUUAGUCCCACAAAAGAAGCCUCACGGCAAGGACUUUGAAGAGUACAGGGUCAUCCAAAAGAGUGGACUCAUACCAGGUGACAUGUAAAUCCAGUUCAAGAGUACAAACCAAGCACUGUUCUUUCUGUACUGAUGGCCCUUUUUUCCGUUACAAGGCCAUGAAUACAAUUUCAAGAUCUUUAAAAUUUUAUGGAAGAGUUAAAAACCGAGAUUUGCGAUACUAUACUUGUUGGCUUACUUAGAUAGUGAUUAGAUUGUGUAGAAUCUUGGAAGUUCUCCUUUGAAGACUGUAAAGUAUCUCCGAGAUACUACUCAUGCAUAGAUCCAGUUUGGAAAAGAAUGUUGCAAUGUGAAAGAACGGGAACAUGCAUGUAUGUAAGUGUGAAGAUAAAAGCAGUACGGCAGCACGGUGAAACAAUGGUUAGCAGAGCUGCCUCACAGUCAGGACAUCUGGGUUUGAAUCUGUUGAAAAAUCUGUGUAUGGCGUUUUCAUGAUUUCCCUGUGCUUGCCUAUGUUUAGGGCUGCAACCAAGGUUCGAUCCAUCCAUCCAUCCAUCCAUUUUCUUCCGCUUAUCCGAGGUCAGGUCGCAGGGGCAGUAGCUUCAGCAGGGAAGCCCAGACUUCCCUCUCCACAGCCACUUCCUCCAGCUCUUCCGAGGGGAUCCCGAGGCGUUCCCAGGGAAGCCGAGAGACGUAGUCUCUCCAGCGUAUCCUGGGUCGUUCCCGGGGUCUCCUCCCGGUGGGACGUGCCCGGAACACCUCACCAGGGAGGGGUCCUGGAGGCAUCUGUUUAGGAUGCCUGAGCCACCUCAUCUGGCUCCUCUCAAUGGGGAGGAGUAGCGGCUCUACUCUGAGCCCCUCCCAGAUAACCGAGCUUCUCACCCUCUCUCCAAGGCAGAGCCCUGACACCCUGCGGAGGAAACUCAUUUCGGCCGCUUGUAUCCGGGAUCUUGUUCUUUCAGUCACGACCCACAGCUCGUGACCAUAGGUGAGGGUAGGAACGUAGAUCGACCGGUAAAUGGAGAGCUUCCCCUUUCGGUUUAGCUCCUUCACCACAACGGACCGAUACAAAAUCCGCAUCACUGCAGACGCUGCACCGAUCCGCCUGUCGAUCUCCCGUUCCAUUCUUCCCUCACUCGUGAACAAGACCCCAAGAUAUUUGAACUCCUCCACUUGGGGCAGGAUCUCAUCUCCAACCUGGAGAGGGCACACCAUCCUUUUCCGACUAAGGACCAUGGUCUCAGAUUUAGAGGUACUGAUUCUCAUCCCAGCAACUUCACACUCGGCUGCGAACCACUCCAGUGAGAGUUGGAGAUCACGGCCUGAUGACAGGCACCGAACAGCCCCUAUUCAGGGGGUUCGGUACCCCAUACUGCCAAAGCACCCCCCACAGGACUCCACAAGGGCCUUCUCAAAGUCCACAAAACACAUGUAGACUGGUUGGGCGAACUCCCAUGCACCCUCGAGGACCCUGCCGAGGGUGAAGAGCUGGUCCACUGUUCCACGGCCAGGACGAAAAAAAACACACUGCUCCUCCUGAAUCUGAUAUUCGACUUCCCGACUGACCCUCUUCUCCAGCACCCCUGAAGAGACCUUACCAGGGAGGCUGAGGAGUGUGAUCCCCCUGUAGUUGGAACACAUCGUCCGGUCCCCCUUCUUAAAAAGGGGGACCACCACCCCAGUCUGCCAAUCCAGAGGCACUGUCCCCGAUGUCCAUGUGAUGUUGCAGAGGCGUGUCAACUAGGACAGCCCUAAAACAUCCAGAGCGUUUAGGAAUUCCAGGCUUAAUCUCAUCCAUCCCCGGGGCCUUGCCACCGAGGAGCUUUUUAACCACCUCGGUGACCUCAACCCCAGAGAUAGGAGAGCCCGCCUUAGAGACCCCAGACUCUGCUCCCUCAUGGGAAGGCGUGUCGGUGGAAUUGAGGUCUUCGAAGUAUUCUCCCCACCGAUUCACAACGUCCCGAGUCGAAGUCAGCAGCGCCUCAUCCGCACUAUACACAGUGUUGCUGGUGCACUGCUUCCCCCUCCUGAGACGCCGGAUGGUAGACCAGAAUUUCCUCGAAGCCGUCCGGAAGUUGUUCUCCAUGGCCUCACCGAACUCCUCCCACGCCCGGGUUUUUGCCUCAGCGACCACCAAGGAACAUGGUCCACUCAGACUCAAUGUCCCCCGCCUCCCCCGAGACGUGGGUGAAGUUCUGCGCGAGGUGGGAGUUCCUUCUGACAGCGGAUUCUGCCAGACGUUUCCAGCAGACCCUCACAAUACGUUUGGGCCUGCCAGGUCGGCCCGGCAUCUUCCCCCACCAUCGGAGCCAACUCACCACCAGGCGGUGAUCAGUUAACAGCUCUGCCCCUCUCUUCACACGAGUGUCCAAGACAUGCGGCCGCAAGUCCGAUGACACGACCACAAAGUCGAUCAUCAAACGCCAACCUUGGGUGUCCUGGUGCCAAGUGCACGUGUGGACACCCUUAUGCUUCAACAUGGUGUUCGUUAUGGACAAUCGGUGGUGAGCACAUAAGUCCAAUAACCGAACGCCACUCGGGUUCUGAUCGGGGGGAGGGCGUUCCUCCCAAUCACACCCUUGCAGGUCUCACUGUCAUUGCCCACAUGAGCAUUGAAGUCCCGCAGCAGAACGAUGGAGUCCCCAGCGGGAGCGCUCUCCAGCACCCCCUCUAAGGACUCAAAAAAGGGUGUGUACUCUGAACUGCUGUUUGGUGCAUCGGCACAAAUAACAGUCAGGACCCGUCCCCCCACCCGAAGGCGGAGGGAGGCUACCCUCUCGUCCACCGGGGUGAACCCCAAUGUACAGGCACCAAGCCGGAAGGCAAUACGUAUACCCACACCUGCUCGGCGCCUCUCACCGUGGGCAACUCCAGAGUGGAAAAGAGUCCAACCCCUCUCAAGAGGACUGGUACCAGAGCCCAAGCCAUGUGUGGAGGCGAGCACGACUAUAUCUAGUCUGAACUUCUCAACCUCACACACCAGCUCGGGCUCCUUCCCUGCCACAGAGGUGACAUUCCACGUACCUGGAGCCAGUUAAUUUCGAUCACUUUCUUAAAAAACAUUAUUUCAAAUUGACAGUGCAAAUUGACAGUGCACAAACUGAAAUUGAUUAUAAUUCACUUCCUGGUUUGAUGCGUAACAUGACAGAAAAUGGGCAAACACGCUGAUCAUUGUUUUCCAAAGUAAAAGCACGUUUGCAAAUGUCUUUUUUUGACUAAACAACAAUAAUCAGUCUGCGUUCAUGGAGUACACCAGAAAUCAGAAAAUAUUUACUGUUGAGAAGCUAAAAUUCUGAGGAUUUGGACAAUUUUGCAGUGCAAAAAGGUCUCUAAACGAUUCAUUAUUAUACAAAUAAUUGAUAAUUGGUUAAUUAUGAAUUGUUGCACCUCUACUUGUAUUCUCCUGGUACAGUAAACUCGUUUAUUGCAGGGGUUACAUUUCAGAAAACCCUACCAUAAAAGAAAGCAGGGACCAAUUAUAUAAAUUUCAUAUGCAAUUCAAUGCGAAUACGUGAUACUUCAGAGAGGUGCAGGUAUUUUAUUUUGUUCACUUGAGGUCACCAUCCACAAACACAUGCCUAUUAAAGGCUAUGCUUGAGUGAUGUGUACAACAGGCUAUAUGGACAUGGUGUGAAAAAGUGAUUGCCUGCCUUAAAUAUUGGCACCGAUUCUCACACUGAAGGUCCUGGCAACGAAAAGCAUUAUGGGAACCCAGAAUUCAUUGCGGCAGUGUUUUUAACAACAGUACUGGAGUUACAGAAAAUCAGGCUAAACGUUGCUCUUUGCUUGCAUUUGUUUCUGCUAAUAUUGUUUUGAGUGUGUGUGUGCGCAUUCGCCAUUCCUUGGGCUAAGGUUAGUAUUUGUGAAUUCAUAAAACUGACUGACUGUGGCUUGUUUUAAACAGCGGCUUUCCAGUCACGUUCUUAGUAUCCUCAUGCAAUUUGGUGAGAUACCAAAUGUCAUGGUUCCACCCACAUUCCGAACACAUGCACGUUGAGAAAUCGAAGAUUCUAAAUUGUCCAUUGCCGACUCGUAACCCUAAUAAGGACAAGUAUAGAAACAGGAUGGAUUACAUUAAUUGUUAGCAUAGCAUAGCGUAACAAUUACAAACGGAAACAACUAGCCAAACAUCUGUCUAGUUCCAAGAGGUUAAAAAUCAAUAUAGUAAUCUUUAAAUUUGUUUUAGUCUAUAGAAACAUUAUACAAGUGUCCAGAAAUGUCUACAGAUUAAAACAGAGAGUUAAAUUACCGGGAUACAGCAUCCUAAAUGACAUACAUGGGGUAUCUCGAUAUAGCCUAAAAAUAAGAUAUUGAUUUGGGGCCAUAAUGUGCAGCCCUACUUUAAAGAGUUGGUCGCAAAAUGCUAAUUCUCACUAUUCUGUUUGACUUGACACAAACACAUUUUAAGAUUGAAAUGGUCUAAUUUAAGAAUUACUACAGUUAGUUGGUGGGAGGGAGCCACCAGCCACCACAUGGUUGCUUAUUUAAUUAACUAUGCAUUGUCAUCUCAAGCUCAUACUCAGCUGGGAUCCAGUUGGCCAGGAAGAAGUGAAUGCACAUCAAGGCUUAAGCACUGUUAUAUCAGAAUAAUGCCACAAAUUGUGAAAUGUAAGCACGUCUGAAAUAUCGAGUAUGCCACUCGUUAUCAUACAAUGUACAUCAUAACAAAAAGGUCUUCUAAUAUUAUCCUUGCUGAUGUUUGUCAUCUUGUUUUGUGUGUGCCUCAGACCACUCAGCACAAAUUAAGAGUUUGGGCAGUCUCAAUCUGUAAUUGCUUCUACAUUUUGACUAGUGCUUCGUAUUGUGUUUUUUAAUUGCAUAUUGUAUUUCCAUAUUGUUAAUCUGUUAGGAAGAAGUACAAGUGGUAAUUUAGAGGGAUAUCUGUAAAUACUAUUCUACAGAAAUACAAUGAUUACAUUGAGUCAUUUUUCAUUCAACAGCAGCUCUUGUUUUAAUGUAAUGUUCCAUAAAACGACGGCCUCCCCCCCCCUCUCCUCAUCAUAUUUGACUGCCUUUGUCUCCCUUGGAAAGAGGCAUCAUGGAACCUUGUUCACAGCACACUGCGAUUGUUGACGCCUCACGUUUGGCAGCGCUUCCGUCAACAUAAAGGUCAUAGCCAAUUGAGGAGAUUGGCCAUCUCUCAGUUAAAGCAUCUUUUAUGUCUUCUAUGUUUUUGGAUUAAACUGUGUCUGCAGAGUUUAGGAAUUUGAAGUCUUUAUUUCUAUACUUUGGUGGGAAAAGUCAUUUCAAAAUAAAAAUCUAAACACUUCGUGGGGUUUUGUUUCCCCUCCCCCCACCCCCUCCUUAAAAGUACACCUUAAACUGACAUCACAUUGUGAUACUGUACUGGAAAAUGAAAGCAAACGACACGUUUUGUUAGAGAACAGUAAAUUGUGCAAGAAAUAUUGAACCGUUGGACAUGCACAUUUAAAAGUUUAGAGGUCAAAUUAAUUUACUCUGUAAAGUGUCAUGGUCUGUGUUUUGGUUUGGUUUGUGUUUAGUUUUGUUCCAUGUUUGUGGUGUGCUCUUUUAGUUAUUGUGUCCACCUGUUGUCGUCAUAUUCUGCCUUGUAUCGACCAAUCAGCUCUCUCCAGCCACUCGCGUCUUGUCCAGCUGUUCCUCGUCUCGUCAAUCUGUUUGUAUUUAGUUCCCCGGUUUCGUUCAGUUCAUUGUCCUUGUGGUAUGUCAUUAUCAGUUGUCAUUGUAGUCUGUCUGUGUCACAUGUCAAAGUCGCCUGGAGUUUCAGUAGUCAUAUCUUGUUCCAGUUUUAGGUUUGUUCAAAGUGUUUCUUUGUUUUUUGAUGAUCACUUUUGGGACUCAGUUUAGUUUGCUUUUUCCAUGACCCUUGCUUACCUUUUGAUUUGGAAUUAAAUAUCAUUUUUGGGACUUCUA